UGCCGUCGACAUGUUCAUGCAAACGGCUUAUAAGCUGCCUAUUGUGCAAACACACAAAGGCUAUUAUGAAGAUCAUCUAACAACAACAAAAUUAAAAGCGAAUAUUGACUGGAAUGCCUUAUAUCAAGGGAACGUUAAACUGGGAAAUUAUCUCAUUGCUGGGGAAUUAAUUAAUACUACGGUUUCUGGGUGGAAUGCUUGGGUCUAUCCGGGAAUAAAAUAUGCCUCUGCCAGGCGCUUCAGUAAUCCAAUUCUGAAUGAGGAUUUGUCGUAUUACGGUAACAUCAACAAUAAUGUCGACAAACACGGGCCGGCAUGCUGGCAGAGUGCUAGGAUUUCUCCGGACAUCCGAAUGGACGAGGACUGUCUCUACCUGGAUGUAUAUGUCCCACCGGUUGCCCCAACAGCCAGCAGCAAUUUCUUGCACCCUGUUUUAUUCUGGGUUCAUGGAUCGUUUGGAGCCGAAGGCGAUGUACUCGGUGGUCAAAAGAAGGGAGCUGGAAACAUAGUGCAGACGAUUCCGGCUAUCGUUGUACCCGUGCAGUAUCGAACUGGUGUUUUUGGAUUUCUAAGCACCGAGGAUAGCGUUGCGCCGGGAAAUUGGGGGUUAGCUGAUCUCAAAGCCGCAUUCGAAUGGUUGUACGCCACGGUUGAAGCUUUUGGUGGGGACAAGAAGCGCAUUGUUUUGGGUGGGCACGAUACUGGAGCCAGUUUAAUUUCAGCAAUGAUGCUGGACCCAAAUAUACGAAAUCGCGUUCACAGCACCUUGCUUAUGAGCGGCUCGCUCCUUGCACCGUGGGCGAUGUCAAAGGAUUCUAGUUCGGACACAAUGAAAUUAGCCGCCUUAAUGAACUGUUCCGCGGUACAAAUGACGUCGGCAGCCAUUUUUAAUUGCUUAACCAACCGCAGCGCCACCGAUAUGCUACGAGCAGCUGAUGCGAUCGCUCUGACGGACCCAUCAAUGCGACAUAUGUCCUGGAAAUUAGUGGUGGAUGGUCAUCACAUUCUGUACGAUCCGGUUGUUCUUUUCGAUGACCGGCAUCCAUGGAAUUUUUCUGGGGGAAGUGUGUAUACAGUGCAAACCGCAGAUGCAGCUUCUCUAAUUGGGCACCACAAGCAGCACAUGUUUGGCCAAGGACUGCCGAAAAUCACCUACGCCCUAGACACAUAUAUUAACGACAUUAUACCUAUGGGAACGGGAUGUCAUGCCCUGCCUAAUGCGACUAUGGACGCUCUUAUACAGAAGUACAACUUGCUUGGUGGUCCCGAAGGUGCGGAUCCCGAUGUCUUGCGUUUCAACAUGAUUCGGUUGGCCAAUGACCUUUUAUUUGUUACGCCUAUUACACAAGAAGCUGCUUUGUAUGCCAUCCACAAUCACGCUGCCAAGGGAACACAGGUUGUGGUGCUGGACUACGAAAUGGCCAACGAAGAUCAAACUCCUGUCCAAAGAGAAAAUUUGCACGGCAUUGAAUUCGGAACAAGCAUAAAACUGCUGGCCAGUCCCAACCACCAAAAGGACAGCUCGACAACACUUUUGACGAGAGAACUGAGCAUGCUACUGAACAGCAUACUGCAGCGCGGAUAUGGAUUUGGCGAGAAUUUUGAUCCAAUGGUUGGCAACUAUUUGGAAUUGGGUCUGGCUAAGAGAUGGACAAAGAAACGCAGUAUGAGCUUCCUGGGCGAGCUAAAUUUUCACGAUUUCUUGAUGCAGCAGGGUUGUAUCGACCCCACCGAAUCCAGCAGGCAACGUAGCGGCGUUUUCAGUCGUGACCUAUCCAUCUCCCCUGCGCCGCCGAUCCCCGAACAACCCAAUAAUCCCGGAGCGCCUUUAAUAACCAACCCGUAAUUCCGCCGCCACCCUUUCCCCUCCCAUUCAACAUUGAGACCAUUCUACAGAACCUAACGUUAUUAGCUAACGACCAGUUGCUGCGUAAUAUCAGCGCGCUCAAAGACCUGCGCCAAAUGGUGGAACAAAACCAACCGCCAUUUAUGCCGGGAGGCCCAGUGAACUUCAAUCCAGCUGCAAUGAACGGUCGACCGGCAACGUGCCUCCACCUUCCAAUGCUCCGUUUCUUUUUCCACCCAACGUGGCGAUGGGAUCGCCACUUCAGCCGCCGUCACCAAGUGGACCGGGUGGAUUUAACAUUAACCCCAAUCAGGGUGUGCCACGGGGUGGGCCGCAUAUGAUGCUGCAUGCACAGACUCCAAUCGGACCUGUGCCGGUUCUGCCGCCCGGACAAGGCAAUUUCUUACCAACUGGACCAAUUGCUUUACCUCAGAAAUCUGGAUCAACCGCCGGAAACGGCAACGGACGAGGUGGAACGGCUUCGAAUCACACAGAGAAAAAUGCCGCCAACAAAAAAGAUUCAAACACUAAUAAAUAAAAAUCAUUUGAAUUUUUUAAAACGACGAAUUAAGAUGUGAUUGUUUUGGUUUUAAAUACGACUUUACUGCUAUUAUGUGUCCAGCUAGUUUUUCUUUUCGUUCACAUGGUAUUAAGGAGCUUUGCCGUCUUUUUUAGCAAGUUAAAUUUUUCGAACUUACACGUCACAUAUACACACGGGCAAUUCCUAAACUGAGAUUAUAGUCUACAAAUAAAG